UACAUACUCGUUGUCUCUUGUAUUUACCAUAUGCACCGCAGACCGCUCGGACAAAGCGAAGCAAAACUGACUUGUCAGCGGCACUUCGCUCUCGGUCCACGCUUAUCAUAUUCAUGCCUUGCACAGCUGUGGUACUACUAGUCAGGUAGUAUUGGAAGUCAUAAGGGCUGAGAAGGCGCCCCGUGUGCGAGAUGAAGCCCAAGAAGAAAUCAGCUUCUGCUGUCGCUGAGGCGGAUGGCAACCCUGGGAUACCAUGGAGUGCUAGACUGUGGUCAAGCAUCGGGCUGCCAUGGAUCCUAUGCGGCUGCGUCUCCUAUACGCUGUUGACCAUGCUAGGUCGGGCCUUUUUGCACAACCCCGCUGGGCUCGCUGAGCUUCGGAUUCAGGUGCCAAAUGCGGUCUAUGAUCGCUCCUCGUCUAUCUUCCUCACCGCGCUCGCCAUCGACGUCCUUAACAUCGUCUUUGAGCAGCAGACGAUAAAGCUUGAUUGUGUGCUUCUGCCGGCGUUCAUCAAAGGGAUGGCUUCAACCACGAACGUGCUGGUGCGCUUCUUCACCCCCGUCAUUGCGAUGACAGACCUAGGCCGACCGGUGGUGGUUCAGCGCUACAUCUGCUGGAUGCACACAACGCCCUCCAUCCUCAUGCUUCUUAAAAUGAUCUCCACCACCAUCACGCCGCGAGAGACUAUGAUCGCCAUCUUCUUUGACGAGGUGAUGGUGGUCACGGGCGUGCUGGCGCUGGUCACCACUGGCUGGCAGCGAGUACUGUGGUCGUUAGUGACGCACGCGGCGAUGUUGCCCGUGGUGCCAUACAUGCACAAAGCCUUCACAGAGUGCAUCGCCACACAUGUCGCCGCUGCGCCGACGAUGGCACCUCUGUGGGCCGCGCCGAGUGCGGGCUCGGCGGGCCGUCGCGGAGGCAGCGGUGCAGUCUCCAUUGGCUAUGAUGCGGUGGGCUUUGACGGUGGUGGAAGUGGUGGCGGCGGCCGGCCAGGGCUCCUGGCAAGGGCUAUGGAGCAGAUCCGCACGCGGCCGCUGCAGCUGACCAUGCUGUGCAUAUAUGUGCUCAACCUGGUGCUGUGGUGCACCUUCGCGAUAACGUGGGACCUGGCGUUGCUGGGCUGGAUCAGCGUGACGAUGGAGGAGGUGCUGUACGUGGGCUGCGACUUCUCCGCAAAGGUGCUGUUCUCCUCCACGCUCAUGCUGAGCUCGUUCAAGGAGAUCGAGGCGCGGCGCGAGAACGCCAUGCGCGUCAUUGAGGGCAGCAGCAAGGCCAAGCUGAUCGCGGAGCUGCAGGCCCUGCUGGAGCAAAAGGAGCGCUUCAUGAGCUCUGUCAGCCACGAGCUGCGCACGCCGCUCAACGGCAUCAUCGGCAUCAGCGAGGGCAUGCUGUCGGGCUGCUGCGGCGUGCUGCCGGAGGGCGUGCGGCGCCAGAUCUACAUCAUCCGCACCUCGGGCGCCCGGCUGCUGGCGCUGAUCAACGACGUCAUGGACGCCGCGGCGCUGCGGCAGAACAAGCUGGUGCUCAAGCAGGAGCACGUGGUGCUGCGGCACGUGGUGGACGACGUGCUGGACCUGACCCGCAGCCUGGUGGACGGCGAGGUGGCGCUGGUUAACCUGGUGCCGCCGCGCAUGAUGGUGGUGGGAGACACGGGCCGCAUCGUGCAGAUCCUGAACAACCUGUUGGGCAACGCCGCCAAGUUCACGCGGCGGGGGCAGAUCCGCGUCACGGCGCGCCAGGUGGAGAGCGGUCGCAAGGUGGCGGUGACGGUGUCGGACACGGGCAUCGGCAUCCCGCGCAACAAGCUGGCGACCAUCUUCCUGCCCUUCGAGCAGGUGGACAUGUCCAUCAGCCGCAAGUACGGCGGCUUUGGACUGGGGCUCAACAUCGUGCAGGAGCUGGUGAAAGCGCACGGCGGCACCAUCAACGUCUCCUCCAUCGAGGGCAAGGGCUCCGCCUUCACCUUCACCAUGCCGCUGCUGCGAGCCAUGGGCCGCGAGUCGCUGGAGGAGGGCCGCAACGCGGCACACCGCGCGGCGGCGGCCGGCGGCGCGACCAAGAUGAUUGGCGGCACGGGGAUGUCGACCACCGAUACGUCGUCUCAGCUCGGCGGCAGCACCAGCGGCAGCGGCGGCGCUCACGGCACCGGCGGCGCCGGCACCAUCAGCGGCGCCGUCUCCACCGCCACGCCACGCGGCGACAGCCGCACGCCAGGUGGUGGCGGCGCCGGCACCAACACCAUCAGCGACUACCCCGGGGGCGACACAGACACAAUGUACACGCGGCGGAGCGACGUCAGCGAAUCGAGCAGGGUGCGGGGCGGCGGCGGCGGCGGCAUGGGCGGAGAGAGCCAGAGCGGCGCGGACGCCACCGCAGAGCUGGAGCAGUAUGGCGAGCUCAAGUACAAUGCCGCAGAGCUGUCGGCGCUGGCCUCGUCACGGCCCUACGCCCAGUCCGCGGUACGCGACUCACUGCCCUCCCUCGCGGCCGACGGCAGCGGUAUGCUCCCGCACCCUUCCGGCCCCCUCUCGCCCUCGGUCGGCCUGGACGGCAGCGCUGGCGGCGCUGGCGGCGCUGCCGGUAGCGGUGGGAUGGGGCGCGGCAGCAGCUCGCAGCUGCCGACGGUGCUGCCGGCGGGCGCGUCGUCGGCGGUGGCGGCGGCGGCGCGGGCGAGGAGCAGGGCAGUGGAGCGGGGCGGGGCCGGCGGGAGGGGCGGCACGACUGGUGGCGGCGGCGGCGGAGCUGCUGGUGCUGGUGUGGAGUUGCCUGGAGGCAGGAUCAUGCCGGGCCCCAAGCCUUUCCACUACACCAUGUACAAGCGCUUCCAACUCCUGUCCGUGGACGACGACCCAGUCAACCAGUCCGUGGUCAAGAGCCUGGUGCAGGGCACGGGCUAUGAGGUGGUGUCGGCGCGCAGUGGCGCCGAGGCCCUGCGCCACGUGGCGGCCGCGCCCGCGCUGCCCGACCUGGUGCUGCUGGACUGCAUGAUGCCGGAGAUGGACGGCUACGAGGUGCUCCAGCGGCUUCGCGCCAUGACGCCGCACGUGCACCUGCCCAUCAUCAUGGUGUCGGCCCAGACGGAGGAGGACCACGUGGUGUGCGGUCUGGACCUGGGAGCUGAUGACUACGUCACCAAGCCCUUCAAGCGCGCCGAGCUGCUGGCGCGCAUCCGGAGCCAGCUGGCGUACGGCGAGUGGGAGCAGGACGAAGGCGUGUUCGACACCAUCUCCACAAUGGAUGGUGGGGAACUAGCCAACGUCGCCGCGGCCGCCGCCAACGCAGCCGCCGGCCGCGGCCCGCUCGGCGGCCCCGCGGCGGCGCCGCGGCCCGGCGCCGCCGGCGGCGGCAGCGACGACAGCGAGGCAGGCGCUGUGUCGGCGGCCCUAGGCAACCUGAACUUGGGCCCGGCGGGCGUCACGGCUGCUAGCGACGGCCUGGGGGGCGCGAGCGGGGCGGAACAGCGCCUUAUUGUGUGCAUUGACGAUGAUGACGUGAACCAGGUCGUACUGCACGGCAUGCUCGCCAGCCAGCACUACCGCUAUGUGCGGGCUAGCACGGGCGCACAGGGCCUGGCGUUCGUGUGCGGCCCCACCAACGGCGGCAUCCCGCCCGACCUGGUGCUGCUGGACUGCUCCCUGCCCGACACGACCGGGUUCGACGUGUGCCGCGUCAUCCGCCAGAUGUACAACAAGCAGCAGGUUCCCAUCAUCAUGCUGUCCGCGCGCCACAACGAGAGCGCCGUGGUUGAGGGCCUCAAAUGCGGCGCCAAUACCUAUGUUACCAAGCCGUUCAGGCGCAACGAGCUUCUGGCGCGCAUCCGGCUGCACCUGCGCGCGCGCGACGGACCCAUCCAGCGCGGUACCUCCAUCAACGACAUGGGCCAGGUGGACGAGUCGGCGGCGGCGGCGGCGGCCGCCGCCGCCAGCAUGGUCGGUGCUGACGGCGCCGGACUGGCCUUUGGUGGCAUGCUGCCGUCUUCCUCGCACCAGGCUGGCCUGGGCGGCGGAGGUGGAAGCUACGCGCAGCAGGCGUCGCUGGCGCAGCCGCCGUCGGCGCAUCCGCUGCUUCUGGCGUCGGGGUCCGGCUCCGCGGUGUUCCCUGACUCGGCGGUGCUGGUGGUGGCAGUGGCAGAUUAUGCCGGCCUGUGCGGCAUGCUGCUCCCUGGCGAGAUGGCGGAGCUCAGCGGACGCAUGCUGGCGGCCUUCGAGCGCGCCGUGCGCGCCGCCGGCGCGCUGCCCAUCGAGGCCGGCUCCGGCAUCAUGUCGGCGGCGCUGCUGCCGCCGCCGCCUGCAGCGGCGGAGGCUGACGGCGGCGCCGCCGCCGGGCUGCGCCUGGCGGCUCUGCACCGCGUGGGCCGCGCGCUGCUGGACACCGCGUCCACCAUCCCCGUGCCCGGCACCACCACAUGUCUGCAGCUGCAGCAGGCGCUGGCGCUGGGCGCGCUCACCGUCUCCGCCGGCGGCGGCGGCGGAGGCGGAACGACUUCCUCCAGCUUCUUCGGCCCGGUGCUUGUGGAGCUGCUAGACCUGGCCCGGCGUGCGCCGCCCAUGACCAUCGUGACGCCCGACGCGGAGGCGGAGGCGCUGCGCGCCUGCGGCGCCACCGCCGACAUACGCGGCCCGCUGUUUCUGGAGGCAGACGACGUGGGCGGCGGCGCUGGCGGCGCCGUCGCCGGGCCCCUGGUGUCGCGGCGGCUGUGGCUGGUGGAGGCGCACCCGCUGGCGCACCAAUACCUGCCCCCGCAGCUGCUGUACGCCAGCGGUGCCGCGCGUGGCGCCUUCUUCCAGGUGCAGCCGGGGGCGACUGGCGCCGGAGAGGCCGCGCACCAGGCGGCUCCGCUGGCGGCGGGCGCACCUGGGGCGCACGCAGGCGGCGUCGGCGUGAUGGGGUUCGGGUUUGCGGAGCAGCAGCAGCCGGGCACGCGGUCGGGAUCCGCGGCGCUGCUUGCUGGUGCUGGCGGAGGUGUUGGCGGAGGCGGCGCGGCUGCUGCGGCAGGGAUGGUGCCCGUGUCCGUGCACCCCACACCCGGCGUCAGUGCUGCUGCCUCGGAGGCAGCCGCCGGCAGCGGCGGUGCGGGCCGCGGCUUCGGCAGCAGUUCGAUCGCCAGCUACGGCGCCGCUGGCGGCGGCGGAGGCAGCGCCGCCGGCGCAACUGCCGCGUCGUUGGGUCUCGGGGGCCCGGGCAUGGGCAUUGGCCUGUACACGAACGGCAUGGGCGUCUCGCGUGGCGUGUCACGUGCCUUCAGCCACACGUUCGGCCUUGACAGCGACAACCACGGCCGGGCAAAUUCUGCCGCCGCUGGCUCCGCCGCCGGUGGCUCGGUCGCUGGCGGCGGCUCAGUCGCUGGCGGCGGCGUGCACACCGGCCACACGGCCGGCACCAGCGGCAACGGCGGCAGCCAAGGCAGCGUCCUGACCAAUGGGCGCGGUGGCGGCGGCAGCGGUGGCGCAUCGGACGUGGCGGCGGCGACGGCGAUGACCGCUGCUCUGCCGGGCGGCAGCGCUGUGGGAGGCCUAGACUCAUCGUCCGUCGCCGGCAUCACCUUCAGCCUUCAGGCGGCCGCCGCCGCCGUGGCAGCCGCCUCCACUGGCGGGGGCGGCCCGGCGCAGCAACACCUGCAGACGCCCGCUGGCGCUGGCAGUGGCCUGCAUGACUCAGCCGGCGCCAGCGGGCUUUACUUUAACAGCAGCGCUGGCGGUGGCGCUGGCCGCAGCCCCCUGCAGCCGUUCGGCGUCGUUGGCGGCGGUGGCGGCGGCGCUGGCUCCGGCAUGACUCACAACUCGCAGCCGCUGCAAUUACAGCAGCAGCAACAACAGCAACAGCAGUUUGACAUGGUAUCAGCGGCGGCGGCGGAGCCGCAGAUUAGGGCCCUGCGGCACGAGCUGGCGGCGAUGCGUCAGCAGCUGGAGGCACUGCAGGGCGCUGCCAGCACAAGCAGCGCCUCCAACGUCAUGGCCGGCGGAGGCCAGGGCAAUGGCGGCCAGCCGCAGCUAUCGCAGCAACAGCUGUCGCAGCAGUUGACGCAGCAGCAGCUGUCGCCGCAAAUGACGCAGCUGCUGCUGCAGCAGCAGAUGAGCAUGCACCAGGGCUUUGUUGAUGCAGCCCUGGCGGCGGCCGCUGCAGCGGUGGCGGCGGCGCCUGGCGGCUCCGCUAGUGGGGUGGUCCCCAUGACCAUUGGCAGCGGCGCCGCCGGGCUUCCAGGGGUCGCUAGCUCAGUUGGCAGUGCGGUGCCGCCAGCAGGCACAGAGGGCGAUGCUGCAGGGGCCCUGUCGACCGCGGGCAGCGCGGUCCCGGCGGAGAAGGCCAGCAAGAAGGGCGGCAAGAUCAGCCGCCUAUUCAAGAUGGGCAGCAGCAAGAGCAGCAAGUAGAUCUUUGAGCAUGAGGGGUCCGGUGAUUACUGUUACGGCUGGCGACAGUGCGUGCGGAGCCUACCGUCACUGCUAUGGAGCUAUGGCCCGGAACGGGGUGGAGCGAUAGAGAGAAGACAACAAUAUUUUUGGGUAUCAUAGCUGAAACCACGCUGCACACAACAGUAAGGUGCACAGGGCUGCUGAAAGUGGUUCCAGGUGCCUUACGCAUGUGGAACCUGCGGCUUGAACCCUAUCGACAAUAUGCCAAGGCAGUUGCAUGCCAGUAUGGGGGUCGCCUGUGCAACAGCCAGGCCUCAUAGCGCACAGCAUGACCGAGCGUUUUGGAGUCGGGAGUGCAGAGAUUGUUCAUUUGUCAGUGAGAGGGCAGCUGAAAUGUGUGGCUCCUCCGGAGGUGGCGCCUCUUUGCAAUCGGUACGAUCUCAGGCACCAUUGGAAGAAAUUGCCGCACACGUUACGGUAGUGUCACUUGUGUGUCGCUGGCUAGUGUAACCGGCUGGUGUUACCGAGCCCAUACUUGUUAGAUGUUACCAGCGCGUGGGCGGGUGUGUAAUUGUUGCAGUUUAACAGCAUGCGCACGAUGCCGCGUGCGCCAAGCCGUGCGCGUUGGAAGCCGUCGUGUUCACCGUACUGGCAUGGGAAGCCGCUGGCGCACCACCUCUUGGCGCUCCGAGGCUGGCGGCGUGUGUCUUUGUGUGCGCGCUUGUGGCAAAAAUUACGUGCGAAAGAGGGGUGGGGCAACGAAUCCACGGUGUGCUCAGUUUGCAUUUUAAGGCUCCAAAUUCUUGUGUCGCGAAGGGCCAGAGCAUUUUCAGUGCAGUGGCCGCGUGUAGCAGCCGCCGGUGUGAAGCGGGCACGCCGCACGCAGGACACGCAGCGAGUUCAAUCCACGCAGUGUGUACGGCACCAUGCACAUCACAGCAUCUUGCGAUCGGGCACAUGUGAGCGUGCAGUUUUAUUUCUGAGAGACACACAGUACGAAAGGAGGGAUUACUUGGGCUGUCCACAUACGGGCUGUGGCUGACGCUGUGACCGAGUCGCGUUGAAUUCCACAAUAGAACGCAGGUGGUAGGAACAGCAUGACUGCGCAGGACCUAGCAGAACUACUCAUGUGAAAUGGGGUUGCCCCACACGGGGGACACGCCCGGUUCCGGGCGGGGUCGAAACCCAGGAUUGGGCGUUCUUAUUCAUACAAGCACCAUUUACAAUUCUAUAAAGCGUGUUACCCUCGGUAUGUGAGCAGCAUAUGUUCACACAUAAUAGCGGGCUAGGUGUCGUGAAGGUCCCGCGAGCGCGAGACCAAUUUUGAGCAUGUUCGCUCAAAUCCGCUAAGCGUGAACCCACAAGCCCUGACUACGCUUAUUUACACCCUAUGAAAGCAAUUGCACCUAUAAGCGCAGGCUCGCAGGCCUCGGCGAGCAGUGUCAUUUCCUUUGGGACCGCCAACAAAGUCAGAGUUGCACCUUCCGAUGCAUCUGGGUUGCUUCCAUAUGCCAUGUAGGCGACUCUAGGAGCGGUUGCAGGUCCGUUUGGGUCCCCGCUGCUCAAGAGGUCCGCCAUGAAUUUGGUUUCAUCCAAAGGGCAGCUCGACUAGCUUUUAAGAUUGCCGUCGCCUAGAUAGAGCAUAUAUAGCAUAUAUUAGGUGCUGUAGCCCGCCGGCAAGACCAUUCGGUGGACAUGCAUACAGCAUGCUGGUCGGAACAACAACUGUCGGUGCUGCGGUCGUCAAAACAUAAUCUUGUAUGCAUAUAUGUGCUAUGUAAAGCUUCAGGGCUGUGUCAGGCCCCGUUUUCUGGGACCUCCGUCCCCAUGUACCCAGCUCAGCACACAUGCGUGCGUGCCUGCCCGGAAGUGUCCCCGUCGAGCACACCCUGGCCUCCGAUCGCGCUCGUAGCUGGUGAGCUUAUACAUAUAGAUGUAUAUAUGCGAUAGGAAGCGUGGGGGCCCGUCCUGAGGCAGUUAGCAUGGGGUCAGUCUGUUCACCCCUCCGCCCCCCCUAAAACCGCGUGUCAAAACACACACGCUUGCCGUACGACAUUAAACCAUCCGUUACACCACCGGAAGGGUGCAAACGUGUCCAGGACGGUCCCAGCGUGUACCGACUGGCAUAGCACCCCCGCCUAGGGUCUUAAAGUUGGGGGGGUACCCUGAACCGGGCGUGUCCCCCGUGUGGGGUUGCCCCUUCCCUUGUCCAAGCAGCCCAACGAAUCGUACAUCGCUUGCAGUCUUGCACUGCGCAGGCGGUGCAAUCGAGGGGGGGAUGGAUCUGUCAUCUCGCUCAUCUGUGCCGCUGUCAUGGUGUCGUGCUUGCCUAGGAAGUGGGGACAAAUGCACAAUUCUGCUUUGAAUGUCGGGGCCAAGGGCCCUCAAGUGUGGCCAAGAGGCGGUCAAGGAGUGACGAGUGCUCGUCAGGUUGGGCCCUGUCUCAGAACCGUGGGCACAGUGAUACCCAUGCCUAAAAGCCCUGUAUAUGCAGGUGGCCAGGGCCCAGGGGGCUCUGGCUGGACUCAUGGCACUCCGGAGUGCUGGCCGUAGUCGGAAGGGUGCGGUCCAGGGCAGUGGCGGAGUCGUCGCCGCGGCCGCCGCGUUGUUACUCUUGACAGGUGCAAGCGUCGUCCGUCGAGAUGUGCUGAAGUAAGGCUCCGAUGACAUGCCAGUGACUAGCGAGGCUGCGAAGGUGUAUACCCAUUGCGCCUCUCGGGCACCUCCACACGCCUCCAUGAGCAGUACGUAAGGCCACGUUGCGCGCCACCCGCCAGCACCCGUAGCACCCGCGGCUGCUCGUACUGUCCUGACCAAGGUCCUGUCGACGGCAGGCCGCACAAGCGCCUGUAAACCGGCCGAUUC